GCGGCUGCCUCCGCCGCCGCCCCACGCGCCGUCUCCCGGACUCGCCGGCUGGCCGGAAGGGGUCAACGGCGCCGGCGAGCCCCCCUCUCCCCUCCCCCGGCCGGCCUCCUCCCCUACCCCCUACCCCCCUCUCUUCCCCAAUGGACGGCGCGAGUGCCCCCGCCCCGCCAUCUUCCCCGUCUCCGACGGCUUCCCGCCGCCGUAUCCGUCACCACUAGCCACCGCCUCCUAACCACUAAUCGCCGUCUCCUAGCCGUUUGCCCCCGCCGCCCCCGCUGACGCCGGCCCACAGCCCUCCUCCAUCCCCGUGGGCCGCGGCUUUGGCGCCGCCGCCGCCGCCUCGCCGCCCGCCCGUGUCCACCGCCAGCCGCCGGGCCGCCGCCUCCCCCCAACCCAGGACCCUAAACCCUAAUUCCAUUGCUUUCGUCAGGGUCGCCGGAGUUGGAAGAGAAGAGCUAAGGUCGCCGGAGCACGAAUCUCAAAGCAAACCCCAAGGCCGUCCGUUCGAUCCAUACAACCCCGCCCCGCACCGGUCUGCGAUGGCGAAGCCCUCGUCGGCGGCGGCGGCGUCGGGCGGCGGCCGAGGCCCGGCCCACCACCACAGGACCCGCCUCCUCCUCCUGCUCCUCCUCGCCGUCGCCGCCUGCGCAUCCACCGCGGGCUUCCUCCUCUGCGGCGCCAUGCUGGACCCCUGUGACGUCGACGCGCGCAGGGGCUCGGGCUCGUCGGCGGCGGCCGUCGCGACCACCCGCACCGGCGCCGUCGCAGGGAACCCCCUCGAGUUCAUGAGGUCCAAGCUCAUGCUGCUCGUCUCCCACGAGCUCUCCCUCUCCGGGGGACCAUUGUUACUGAUGGAGUUGGCAUUUCUUCUGCGGCAGGUUGGUUCGCAAGUGGUGUGGAUAACAAACCAGAGAUCGGAAGAAACAAAUGAUGUUACAUAUAGCUUGGAGCAUAAGAUGUUGAGCCAUGGAGUGCAGGUAUUACCUGCUAGGGGACAUGAGGCGAUUGAUACUGCCCUAAAGGCUGAUCUUGUUAUCUUGAACACUGCUGUUGCUGGCAAGUGGCUUGAUGCUGUCCUAAAUGACCAUGUUCCCCAAGUUCUUCCCAAGAUUUUGUGGUGGAUCCAUGAAAUGCGAGGGCAUUACUUUAAGCUUGAAUAUGUCAAACAUCUUCCUCUGGUUGCUGGAGCCAUGAUUGAUUCUCAUACAACGGCUGAAUAUUGGAAGACCAGGACUCAUGACCGUUUGAAAAUACAGAUGCCACAAACUUAUGUUGUUCACCUCGGGAAUAGUAAGGAGUUAAUGGAAGUUGCUGAAGAUAAUGUUGCAAGAAGAGUCCUACGGGAGCAUAUCCGUGAGUUCCUUGGAGUACGGAGUGAAGAUCUUGUGUUUGCAAUAAUAAACAGUGUUUCACGUGGAAAAGGGCAGGACUUAUUUCUUCAAGCGUUUUAUCAGGGUGUCCAGCUCAUCGAACAGAAGAAGUUAAAAGUGCCCACAAUGCAUGCUGUAGUUGUGGGAAGUGACAUAAAUGCUCAGACCAAGUUUGAGACACAAUUACGUGAUUUUGCGGUGAAGAAUGGGAUUCAGGACCGGGUUCACUUUGUAAACAAGACAUUAGCAGUGGCUCCUUAUUUGGCUGCAACUGAUGUGCUUGUUCAGAACUCUCAGGCCCGUGGAGAAUGCUUUGGAAGGAUAACGAUUGAAGCAAUGGCAUUCAAGUUGCCAGUGUUGGGCACGGCGGCCGGAGGGACCACGGAGAUCGUCGUGGACGGCUCAACCGGCCUCCUGCACCCCGCCGGGAAGGAAGGCGUCGCGCCCCUCGCGAAGAACAUGGUAAGGCUCGCGAGCCACGAAGAGGACAGGGUCUCCAUGGGUAGGAAAGGCUAUGGCAGGGUGAAGGAAAUGUUCAUGGAGCACCACAUGGCUGGUAGGAUCGCGGCCGUGUUGCAGGAAGUUCUGAAGAAAUCGCGGGAACAUUCUCACUCUUGAGCUUUUGCUUUUUGUAGCGUCCAAAAUGGCAUUCUCAGUUUUCUGUGCUAACAUGGAGUAUGUAGAUCCAGAUUUUACCAAGUUUGGACUCGAGUUUGAUUGUAACUUGCUGUCUGUUACAUAUGUCCAUUCUUUUUCCUUUUUCUUCACGUAGCUUUAUUAUUUUUUUGGUUUACCUGGUUGGGGUUUAGUCAUCCAACUUUACAACAACAUUCUAAUUGGUCAAUUCUUCUUGUUGACGUGCAA